AUGAGCCACCACAACACCGGCAAUGCUACAGUUUUAGGAGCAGGUUCCUGCACCAUGGAGAUGGUGUGGAACUGGAACGUUAUCGACUCAUGCUUCCUCUCUGGCUCCUGGCACGUCAAAAACAAAUCCAUGUUCGCCGCCAGCUGUGUCGGCGUCGUUUUCCUCGUCGUGACUCUCGAGUUCAUGCGCCGUGUGAGCUCCGAGUGGGAUGCUUUCUUACUGCGCUCAUUCCAGCGGCGCUUGCGACUCCAACAGGCCGCUGUCGCCUCUGCCACCCCAGCAAGUUGUUGCGACGGGCCCGAAUCCACAUUCGUCGGCCCACAGUACGCUACGUUUCGCGCCACUGCUCUGCAACAGCUGUGCCGUGCGAUAUUACACGGAAUCACCCUUGGCCUGGCCUACCUUCUCAUGUUGAUCAUCAUGUCUUUCAACGGGUACAUUUUUAUUUCUGUGGUAUUGGGGGCUAUUCUGGGCAAGUUUUUGUGCGACUGGAUGGUGGUGCGCAUUCCGUAUGAUGCCCCGAGGGGUAAAGAGAAGGAUCAACGAUCUUACUCCAUUUCUGCUGCUGGGCCCACUGGGUGUUGUGCUUAA